GGUUUUUCUGCUCUACUCUGCUCUCUAACAUUUCUCUCAUUGUUCUGUGUGAUUCAGAAGAAAUAUGGAACAGAUCGACGACUAUCUCUGCAGGUAUAAAAACUACAACUUUGUCGUUGACUUCACAACUCCAGAGUACAUUGACUCUCUCCAGAGCUUUGAAAUUCGAGAUAGUGAUGUAUUCCUCGUCACUUAUCCGAAGUCAGGUACUAUAUGGACUCAACAGAUCAUCAUCUCCAUCUGUGAGCUAGAUGGGGGUCUGAAUAAAUAUCCAAACAACAUGGAGCAAAUGCCGUGGCUGGAGCAUAAGGAGGGUCAAAAUGAUUACCCUCUGCGACCUUCUCCAAGGCUCUUUUCCUCUCACCUCACCCCACCUCUCAUGUCUCUGGGGCUAAAGGACAAGAAGGCAAAGAUUAUCUACGUGAUGCGGAAUCCAAAGGACAACAUUGUCUCCUAUUAUCACUUCAGUUUAAACUCUUCCUUCCUGGAGACUCCCAAGAGCUUUGAGGACUUCCUUGAGCAGUAUCUGGCAGGCAACGUCUUUGCAUCAUCCUGGUUUGACCACAUCAGGGAGUGGCAUUCAAUGAGAGACCAGUACAACAUCCUCUUCCUGACCUAUGAGAACAUGAUUUUGGACCUGAAGGCAGCAGUAACUAAGAUCUGCACUUUCUUGGGGAAAAACCUGAGUGAAGCAGCCAUUGAGGAAGUUGUGGAAAAAGCUACGUUUAACAACAUGAAGAAAAACUCAAAAGCCAACUACGAGUUUAUGCCAAAAGAUAAGGUGAAGAAAGACUUCAUGCGCAAAGGUAAGAUCGGUGACUGGAAGAACACCUUUACUGCCGCUCAGAGUCAAAGAGUUGAUCAGGUUCUUCAGGAGAGACUCGGUGAUAUGUCUCUGAAGUUCAUCUGGGAAUAAGCAGAGCAGCCACACAAACCUCAAGAGGUUUACAUCUGUUUAAGCCUGAGAUCCCAAAAAAUCAUUGACACUGUGUGUCUUAUGCUUACAAUAUCUGCAGGAGCUAACUAUAACUGUUGAUAUACAUCACAAUAAGGCUUUAUAACCCAUGUUUGGAGUUCUGUACCAACAAAACAUGAACACACAUGAGCAGAAAUCACAAAUAA